GAUGAAUGAAUUGAGUCAUUGUUUUGAUGACUGUUUUGUCAACAGUUGUGUUGAUAUUUAAACACCAAUUGACUCAUUACUUGUGUCCCUAUAAUGGGUAACCUCUUCGGUAAAUCCAAGUCUAAGACCAUAAAGAAAGAUCUGAUCACUGAAGCGGACAAAGCUAUACUGCAACUCAAACAACAGAGAGAUUCAGUGAAACGAUACCAGAAGAGGAUCAUUGAUGACAUUGACAAAGAAAGACAAAUUGCCAGACAAUUGGUUAAAGAUAAUAAAAAAGAGAAAGCCCUUCUGUUGCUUAAAAAGAAGAAAUAUAUGGAAACCAUAUUAGAGAAGACCGACAAUCAGUUAAUCAAUUUAGAGAAACUGGUGUCUGAUAUAGAGUUCAAACAAAUUGAGACCAAAAUUAUAGACGGACUUCAAACUGGAAAUGAAGCGCUCAAACAAUUACAUCAAAUAUUAUCAAUUGAAAAAAUUGAAGACAUUUUAGAAGAAACUAAAGAAGGAAUUGAAAAACAAAAGGAAAUCGAUGAUCUUUUACUUGGACUCAACAUUGAAACAGACGAAGAAAGUCUGCUCCAAGAAUUAGACCAAAUGUUAGAUCAAACUACAGAUAAUUUGCCUGAAGUACCGCAAACCGAACUGGUAAUCGAAGAGAAGACAAAAGAGAAGACACCGACCAAAAGAACCAAAGAAGUGGAAGCGCUUCUCGAGUCAUGAAAUUAGUCAUAAAUUAUUUAUUAAUCCAGAGAUCAAAUUAAUAUAUUUGUAUUUUAAUAUUUAU